AUGAUAACAACAUUGACCUGGUUAUCGCGCACGAUCAAAGUCAAGAUCAAUUCGAAUACUCGAAGAUUACAAAAAUACAAGAGCAAAUAUUUUCAGCUCAAAGCGGGCCGGUACCUGGACGAGGUGUUAUUAACAAUUGGUGGUUCAACAACAAAAUUUUUAUUGCUAAAAAUUUUUACCCCAGGAAUCAUGACUGAGAAGGUUUACAUAGGGAAGGUGAUCAAGCGUAUUGAACGAAGCGGACCAGGUGGACCGAUCACGCUUUGUCAAUUGGAGUUGCUGGAGGAGAAACGGACCUUGCAACGGGCUGUAAUGGGGCCGGUACGAGAAGGAGAUUUGAUUAUGCUUUUGGAUUGCGAGAGAGAACAUAGAAGAGGAAAGUUUUAA